AUGGAUUUCGUCAACAAGGCUAUGGGCAAGGAGCACUCCACUCAGGGAACCGCUCCCGCUGCUCCCCAGGCAGGCGGCCAGGUCCAAAAGGACGAUUACGUCGACAAGGCUUUCUCCAUGGGCGCCAAGAAGAGCGGCCACAACAUGGAUCGCAACACCCAGGAGAAGAUUACGGAUGCCGGCCGUAACAUGUACGAAAAGGUGACAGGAUCAAAGGUUGACCCCAAGUGGUCCAAUUAA